GAGCCGGCGGCCCAGACACCCACCAUGCUGUACCUGGAGGACUACCUGGAGAUGAUCGAGCAGCUUCCCAUGGAUCUCCGCGACAGGUUCACCGAAAUGCGGGAGAUGGACCUGCAGGUUCAGAAUGCAAUGGAUCAAUUGGAACAAAGGGUUGGAGAGUUUUUUGUGAAUGCAAAGAAAAAUAAACCUGAAUGGAGGGAUGAACAAAUGGCAUCUAUUAAGAAAGAUUACUUUAAAGCACUAGAAGAUGCAGAUGAAAGAGUUCAGCUAGCCAAUCAGAUUUAUGACUUGGUAGAUCGUCAUCUAAGGAAACUGGACCAAGAGUUGGCAAAGUUCAAAAUGGAACUAGAAGCGGAUAAUGCAGGGAUUACUGAAGUCUUAGAAAGAAGAUCCCUGGAGAUGGAUACUCCAUCUCAGCCAGUCAAUAAUCACCAUGCACAUUCACAUUCCUCUGGGGAGAGCCAUGUACCUGAGAAGAAAUUCAAAUCUGAAGCUUUGCUGUCAACUCUUACCUCCGAUGCUUCCAAAGAAAAUACACCCGGCUGCAGAAAUAAUAUAUCCUCAUCCUCCACAAAUAAUGUCUACAAUGUAAAUUCCGCCCAGCCACUGACAUCGUAUAAUUUGAGUACUCUGUCAUCUGGGGCUGGUGCUGGGGCUAUUACAAUGGCAGCUGCACAAGCAGUUCAGGCAACAGCACAGAUGAAGAAAGGGAGGCGAACAUCUAGUCUAAAAGCCAGCAACGAAGCUUUUAAAAACAAUUAUUUCCAACUUGGGAGGGAGUUUUUGACUAAAGAUUCAGCAAAUUACUCAUCUUCAGCAUUGGCUUCUACAUUAACACAGACAUUGACUUCUUCAGCGACCACGGAUUCAAGAAGUGGGAGAAAAAGCAAGAACAACAACAAAUCUUCAAGUCAGCAGUCAUCUUCUUCAUCAUCUUCGUCAUCUUUAUCAUCCUGUUCGUCAUCAUCUGCCUUAGCACAUGAACUGUCUCAUCAACAAACAGCUGCUGUCCCAGAAUCAGAUUCAAAUAGUCAAGUAGAUUGGACAUAUGAUCCAAAUUAACCUCGUUAUUGUAUUUGCAAUCAGGUAUCAUAUGGUGAAAUGGUAGGCUGUGACAACCAAGAUUGCCCAAUUGAGUGGUUUCAUUAUGGAUGUGUUGGACUGUCAGAAGCUCCAAAAGGCAAAUGGUACUGCCCUCAGUGUACUGCUGCUAUGAAGCGAAGAGGCAGUAGACAUAAAUAAAGUUUAGUAAAAGACUGUACGAACUUGACUUUACACUCCACUUUUCAUGUUGCUCAAAAAGAAAUGUAACCAUCUGUUCAACUUCCAACUGUCAUUUUGCUACUUGUAAUUAUAUCGCAAGCAACAAUAUGCAACAAAACAUAUUGAAACUGAUCAUUGACUACCACCAUUUGUAUGCAGUUGUUCUCCAUUUUAACUUUGGGCAUUGACUUACAAUUCUCGUAGAGGAGUUAAACAGGCCAGGGGUUUUGUUUCUCCUUUCCUCUCCAUUCUGAGGCAGAGACCAUCACUUGCACGGAAUUACAGAUUAAUAUGUAACACUCUAUGUAAAACGAUAUCCCUGAAUUUACUUAAUUGUAUGAAAUAUGGUAAAAUGAAAGCUGUCUAUGGACUUCCUUUGUUUCUCUAUGAAACAAAAUUCAGCUGCUUGAAGCAAAUGUACUUUGGGCUGUUGUGCUGCCGUCCAUUGUUUAUAUGGAUAGAUAAUUUAAACUUCUAUGUAAAGAAUAAAAUGUUGACAUUUAGUAUUUGUAUGUUACUACACAUAAUAGUGUAGUACGGUAUUGACGUAAGCAGUUUUAUACCAAAUGUGUUUAUUUUAUUGUUUAAGUAGUUAAAAAGUAGUUUAUACUAGGAAAUAACAUUUUUCAUGGUUAGUCAUGAAUAUAGAAAUGUUUUGUCUUGCUAUCAUUCAGAAAAAUCAGUAUAGUGCAAAGGACUAACAAAGAAUAAUUCAGAAAUAUGUAACAAACAA